UUUCUCUGUUUCGGGGACCCUUUGAGAUCCUGUACUUGAUAAAGUUGUUAAUAAUAAUACAUGUGAACAUCUUAGUAAGGGCCUGCUGAUGCGGUGAGGCGGUGCCUUGAUGUGAUGCUACUCAUACUGCAGUGAGAUUUGCAGCAGUGAACUCACAUGUGAAGAAGAUGAUGAUGAUCAUGAGGGCUUUCAUCUUCUUCAUUUUUGUCAUUAUUCUCAACUCAAUCCCAGCUCAGUCUCGCCCCGGAGAUCCUUUCAAGUCCAUCUUGGGUGAAGAGAAUUUGGGGUCAUGGAAGGAUGGAAUAUUAAGUGCAGCUGCUGCAGAAGCACCAGAGCCUUAUAAUGAUGGGCAUAUGAGCAUGCUUGUAUUGGCUAAAAACAGGACAAACAGGCCAGAUAUACUUUCUGGUUUUAGGAAAUAUAGAGGUGGAUGGGACUUUGGCAAUAAGCAUUACUGGGCUUCUGUUGGGUUCACGGGAGCUGCUGGUUUCAUUCUUGCUGUGCUCUGGUUUGUCUCAUUUGGCUUAGCUCUUCUGGUGCAUCAUUGCUGUGGAUGGAGGAUAGAUAUCAAUGGCAGCAAAUCAUGUCGUUCAGAAAGAAUCUGUUUGAUAUUACUCGUUUUCUUCACGUGUGCUGCAGCGAUUGGAUGUAUUCUUCUUUCAGUUGGACAGGAUGAAUUCCACGGUGAGGCAUUGAAUACUUUGAGUUAUGUUGUAAAUCAGUCUGACUACACAGUGGAUACACUAAGAAAUGUCACCGAGUAUAUGGCUCUUGCCAAGACAGUCAAUGUGGCCCAGCUUUUCCUCCCUUCCGAUGUCAAAAAUGACAUUGACCGGUUGAAUGUUGAACUGAAUGAUGCAGCAGAUACUCUGGAGGCAAAGACAGAUGAGAACUCUGGGAAAAUAGAGAGAGUGUUCAAUACUGUAAGGUCUGCAAUGAUAGCAGUUGCAGUUGUGAUGCUUCUAAUAUCCGUAUUGGGUCUUGUCCUGUCCAUACUUGGCCAUCAACAUGCAAUUCACAUAUUUGUUGUUAGCGGAUGGUUACUUGUUGCAGUUACUUUUGUUCUCUGUGGAGUAUUCAUCAUACUUAACAAUGCAAUAGCUGACACCUGUAUGGCCAUGGGGGAAUGGAUGGAUAACCCUCAUGCGGAGACUGCUCUGAGUAAUAUCCUUCCCUGUGUUGACCAGGCAACAACAAAUCAGACACUGUUUAAAAGUAAACAAGUUGUCGGUGAUAUUGUAAAUAUUGUCAAUGCAUUUGUAGACUCCUAUGCAAAUUCAAAUCCUCCUCGUGAAGCUAACAAUUAUUACUACAACCAGUCGGGGCCUGUGGUGCCUCAUCUUUGUCAUCCUUACGACUCUCAGCUGCAUGACCGCAAUUGUUCAGAUCAAGAAGUUUCUAUGGCAAAUGCUUCUGUUGUAUGGCAGGACUACACUUGCACAGUAUCACCAGACGGGCUGUGCAGCAGUGUUGGGAGGUUGACACCAGAUAUGUAUGCGCAAAUGGUGGCAGCACUUAACAUCAGCUAUGCUCUCCAACAUUAUACACCUCCGUUGCUAAGUCUUCAGAACUGUAACUUUGUUCGUGAUACAUUUAGAAAUAUUACCUUGAACUACUGUCCUCCAUUGGAGCACUAUCUUCGAGUUGUAAAUGCAGGAUUAGCUAUGAUCUCAGUAGGGGUCAUGCUCAGUCUUGCGCUGUGGAUUCUUUAUGCAAACCACCCCCAAAGGGAGGAAGUGUUUGCGAAGUUCUCUUUACGAAUAAAAGGGAGCUGCAAUGAUACGAAAACCCGCAGUAGCCAUGUCAUCGAUUUAACCACAAGAAGUCCAGCUCCAGGAACUGGAGUUUAGACUAAACUAGUUUUCCUGUUAGAUUUAGAAGUAAGGUAGAUGAUUCAAGGAGAUGAGAUUUGUUUCCUCUCUUAUCUGACAGGCAGGCUCAAGAUGGGGCGAAGCACCAUUUGAGCCGGUAGCUUGUUGCUAUAGCAUUGUAACUCUACUAAAAUUGUACAGUAAAGUUUAUAUUUUUGGCCAUCUUUUGAUAUUAUA